UCGCCGAGGCCGGAGCCCGAUCGGAGGGCGCGGCGGGGCUGCGCGCACGCUGGGGCGCGUGGAGGGCCACGGAAGGCGAGAUGAGUCUGGUGGGGGGCUUUCCCCACCACCCCGUGGUGCACCAUGAGGGCUACCCCUUCGCCGCGGCCGCAGCCGCCGCCGCCGCGGCCGCCGCCAGCCGCUGCAGCCACGAGGAGAACCCCUACUUCCACGGCUGGCUUAUUGGCCACCCGGAGAUGUCGCCCCCCGACUACAGCAUGGCCCUGUCCUACAGCCCCGAGUACGCCAGCGGUGCCGCAGGCCUGGACCACUCCCAUUAUGGGGGAGUGCCGCCCGGUGCCGGGCCUCCCGGCCUGGGGGGGCCGCGCCCGGUGAAGCGCCGCGGCACCGCCAACCGCAAGGAGCGGCGCAGGACUCAGAGCAUCAACAGCGCCUUCGCCGAGCUGCGCGAGUGCAUCCCCAACGUGCCUGCCGACACCAAACUCUCCAAAAUCAAGACACUGCGCCUGGCCACCAGCUACAUCGCCUACCUCAUGGAUCUGCUGGCCAAGGACGACCAGAACGGAGAGGCGGAGGCCUUCAAGGCGGAGAUCAAGAAGACCGACGUGAAAGAGGAGAAGAGGAAGAAAGAGCUGAAUGAAAUCUUGAAAAGUACAGUGAGUAGCAACGACAAGAAAACGAAAGGCCGGACAGGCUGGCCACAGCACGUCUGGGCCCUGGAGCUCAAGCAGUGAAGAAGAGGAGAGCUAGCGAGCCGAACCGGGAGCCAAGGCGUCAGAGGCAGACCCAAGACUCCCCGAAAGCCCUCGGGCUCUGUUCUGAGGACUUCUUGCAGUUGAAUCAUCCGGUUUAUUUAUGUGCAAUUUCCUUCCCCCUCUUUCUGCCCCUCCUCACCUUUGAGCAUCUGCUCCCCACCUCCCUCUCAAAAAAAAAGUGGAUAUUUGAAGAAAAGCAUUCCAUAUUUUAAUAUGAAGAGGACACUCCCGUGUGGUAAGGGACCCCGUCAUUCUCUGUAUGUGAAUGUUCCCUCUUGGCUGUGUAGACACCAGCGUUGUCCCCCGCCUCCUUACCCAACUCUUUCCAGAUAAAACGAAGUGGACACUAGUGUACAUGUGAAGUGUAUCUUUUUAAUACUCGGCCUUCGGAUAUAAAUAUUCCUGGGGGUUGUAAAGUUUUAUUUCAAAGCAGAAAAUAGGGCCGCUAACAUUUCUGUCGGGGUCGGUUAACUAGUACUGCCACAUUUCAAAUGUCGUUGUCCCCUAAUCGAAGAUGUUUCCACCAGCUUCGUGUUUUUGUGCGCUUCCGUCCGUGGAAUUUAAUUAAUAUUGAAGGUGUAAACGUUGUAAGUAUUCAAUAAACCACUGUGUGUUUUUUUUUUUACA